AUGACAAUUGUUGGUUUGUUUUCGACGUUUAAAGAUUUUCGUAAAGUGCUGGGCGAAAUCCCAAAAGUAAUGUAUGCAAAUAAAUAUAACGAGAAGCCACGGGACAUAACAAAGUUCGCACCUGGAUGCGAAGGUACUACUGAAUUUUGCGAUCUCAACGCAUUUAUUAAGCGUUCUAGGCAGCUCUUCUUCGACGAUGUUGAUUAUCAAUGCACUACAAAUGUUACUAAUUUGAAUUUACGUAAGUUUUUCGAAUUUCUUUUUCUGCGAAAUCACUGGAUGGAGCAUGAAGAGUGGCUAUGA